AUGGCCCAGCUUCUAGAUCAGCCUGCGGAAGUCCUCCACAACAUAUUCCGACAUGUUGAGCCGACAGAUCUCGCCUCACUAUGCAAGACCUGCCAGUACUUCCACAAACUGAUCCAGGCCGACGAGUUGCUGUGGAAGUACAACUACCUAUGUCGAUUUGAUCGUCCGGCCCCAGAAGAUACCCGGACCUGGCGCGAACGGGUGGUCCGUUUGGUGAAUAUACAAAAGAUACUCGAGUCCGAUGACGAUGAUAUCAAAACCGAAGCCCUCGAAGAAGUGCUGACCAACUGUAUCCAACUCGCUCUCCAAUCCGACGCUCGGAGCAGUAAGACCUCGGACUUCCUAGCCGACCAUUUCCAGAACCCCAUCAACGUGAGCACGUACCUGUGCAAAUCCAGCCUGUUCGCCCUGGCCCGCCCUGAAGCAUGGCCCGCGGCACCCAGCCCAGCUCUUCGACAACUGUCCGCACAGCUGCACGUGUUGGGCGGCAUGAACCUAGAACCGCCAGUGCGUCCGCACCCGGUGCGACAUGUGCAUCCCUACGCGCGGUCCCGCGUCUACGAUCUGCGCCGGUACACCCAGGCCAACAUGUGGGGACCGUUCAUGGACGACGGCAGCCAGCGCGUCGAUUGGGAGAAAGUCCAAGCCAUCAUGGUCGUCCUGGCCUACAAUCACCGCAUAUCCCGCAGCCGUGGAGCAGGGUUGGUUCUGCAACCGUGGGAGGAACCAUUCUCGGGACUCGCGACCGACAGUUUCCGCUCCGUCCCUCUGUCCGGCUCCCCGGUGCCCGCGCUGCGCCCGGAUCUCGACGCUCUCGACCCGUACCAUGUCACGGGCACGUGGAUGCGCAUCGUCUGUUUCCUGGACUACAACGACCUGUACGCGUUCAAUUUCGAGAGCGGCGACGUGGCCCCCGAUGAGGAACGCGAUCCGAUCACGACCCGCGAGGCCUUCCGACUUAUCAGGCUGCAGUUGCGUGUCAAUGCCAUUGAGGACCCCGGCGAGGACGACGGCCAGGAUCUGCCCGUCGUGCAUUUCGAGGGCUUUAGUCGCUCGACAUUCAUGGCUUGGGAUCCGAAUGCGAACUCGAGGAUCAGAGGAACCGUCCGUCAAACCCCCUCCGGCGCCAUCCGCUGGACCUCGUUCAGCAUCUUCCACGGCGAAGAACGCUGGCGCAGCGAAGGCGUGCAGAUCGGCGGCCUCCGCUCCACUCGAGGCAUCCUCGGUAAUUGGUUCGACAAGGACUACGACGACCACGGCCCCGCGGGACCCACGGCCUUCUGGAAAAUCAGCGACGACAUCGUCGAGGAGAAGCGUCUGCCAACUCCGCUCAUCCAGAUUUAUAUGAAUGAGGCGUAG